GCCCACGUGAUCUGUGGCGAGAAAUGGGAAUAGGGAGGAGAAAAGGGGAAUUAGAUAGAAAGAUACAUUUUUACUUGAGUGUGAAGAUAGAGCGGGGAACAAUUCAGUUUUUUGCAUGUCAUGCUAUUAAUAUUCUUAUCUGCUGCAAAUGAGAAGCUUUAAGCUCGCUCAGCAUCGAGCUUUGUUGAUCUUUCUUGUAUAGCAUCUCAUCUGAAGAUUAGUAUUUUAAGUAAUUCCAAAUGAAUUGUAAUUUGUAGCUGCAUUUUGUUGUCCAGUUUCAAAGCGAAGCAAGCAAAAAAGUCUUUAAAUUCAAAUAGCUAUCUUUUGAAAUAGAAAAGCGUGUGCUGAUAACACAGGCGAGGAUGCACUUUGUGACGUCACACGGAGCGUUGUUAAAGGAAAAAGUGUUGCCUACCUUUCGGCGCAGCGAAUGAACCAUUGCGUAAGCCGCACUUUGUGUCUCGGGAGAGCGUCGCACAGAGGGUGUAAAUGUCAGUGCGGUAGAGCGAGACGGCGAGCGACGACGGAAGAGAGAGCUUGCGCCUGUGACCCAAGAGCGACCCAGUAACCAAGAGAAAGACAGAGAGAGCGAGUGAGAGGGAGAGCCAGGACUGUGUUGGAUUGUGUUGCCUUUGGACGGCGAUUACUUCCGGAAUUUAUUUGGCGAGUGCACAACAACAAGGCAGCGACUAGCAGCAAACAGAACAGAACAGAACAGAAGCUGAAGAAGCUGGCGGAUGAAGGAUAAUUAAAGCGAUGUUGUAGACGGACGCAGCAAUCACAAAUCGCCGGCUGGCUUGGAGCAAACAACUCCACACACACACACGCACAACUGAUAACUGGCAAGUGUGUGUGUGUGAGUGUGAGUGUGCGUGUGUGUAAGCGAGAUGUAUAUGAGCAUUUGGUGCCACAAUCUGAAUCUGAGUAGCCGCAGCCUGGCCAUUGCCCUGGUGGCCUGUGUGACGCUCGUCUAUUUCUCCUACAGCUUCAAUGCCUGCCUUUUUGCCAGUCUCUCGCGCACGCUGCAGCAGAGCAACUUGCGCAAUUUGCUGACGCUGCCGCAACGCAAUGACACAAGCAGCAGCAGCAGCAGCAGCAACAACGCAGAUGCAACUACAACGGCAACGCCAUCGACAAGCAAUGCAACAACGACACCACCCACCCAGCCGGCUGCUCAGCCGUUGCCCAGCAUCGAUGGUGCACCCAAAUAUCAAAUGCUGCGGCAACAGGGAUUGCGUCCCUCGCGCCAUCUGCCCGACACGCUCAUCAUUGGCGUGAAGAAGAGCGGCACUCGCGCCCUCUUGGAGUUCAUCCGCCUGCAUCCGGAUGUGCGUGCCGCCGGCUCCGAGGUGCACUUCUUUGAUCGGCACUAUCAGCGCGGGCUGCGUUGGUAUCGCCAUCACAUGCCCUACACCAUCGAGGGGCAGAUCACGAUGGAGAAGACGCCCAGCUACUUUGUGACCAAGGAGGUGCCGCAGCGUGUCUAUCACAUGAACACGGCCACCAAACUCCUGAUUGUGGUGCGGGAUCCGGUAACGCGAGCCAUAUCCGAUUAUACGCAGGCGGCCAGCAAGAAGUCGGACAUGAAACGUUUCGAGCAGCUGGCCUUUGUUAAUGGCAGCUAUGCGGUGGUGGACACCAAUUGGGGACCGGUUAAGAUCGGUGUUUACGCGCGAUAUUUGGAACGUUGGCUGCACUUCUUUCCGCUGUCGCAGCUGCUCUUCAUUAGCGGCGAGCGUUUGAUUAUGGAUCCGGCGUAUGAGAUUGGACGUGUUCAGGAUUUCUUGGGUCUGAAACGUGUCGUCACCGAGAAGCAUUUCUAUUUCAAUGCAACGAAGGGAUUUCCGUGCCUCUUCAAAUCGGAGGCACGUUCAACGCCGCAUUGUUUGGGCAAAACGAAGGGCAGAAAUCAUCCGCAUAUCGAUGCCAAUGCCAUUGAGCGUCUGAGAGAAUUCUAUCGGCCAUUUAAUAAUAAGUUUUAUCAAUUGACUGGCAUUAACUUUGCCUGGCCCUAAGCGACAGAGCGAAAAAGCGAGCGAGAUGAUGUUGUGUUGUUCGCUUAUCUACAACGGACUGAUAUUGUUGUUUGCAUUUUUUAUACAUAUUAUAUACUAUACUGUGUACUCGGUAACAAAUAGUUGAUAUAUAUACAUACAUAUAGAUAUACUGAAUAGUAUAAUGCGUUACGCAAUAUUGUAACGUUUAUUGCUCAAUUAAUUGUAGCUUUACUCCAAACAACUCUCACACUGACACCAACACUGACACUGACACAAUCACUGAAAAACGGUUCCUUCUCUCGACUCUUGACACGCACAACUACUAAAACUACGAAUACUACUAUUACCUACUAUCUUAUAUACAUACACGAGCAUAAAACAUAUACAUACAUACUAUAUAUAGUUAUAGUAUACUAUAUAAUGGCAUAGAACAAUUAGAGCUUACUACGAAUUCCUAGAGUGCAUCCUCGAUCCUAACAAUUAAACAACGAUGAGAGACAACAAUGAUAGUAAAUUCACACACAAACACACAC